CUCACACGGGCGCUAGUAACAUCGCUUUACGCCAUGACUUGAGUUACCAAAAGCUCCGAGAGUGGAACAUUUGGUGGAAAUAACGCUCCCUCUGCUCAACAGGCGGCGCGAUGCCCCGCGGCUCAGAGGACGCGCGGAAAAAGUUCCUCCUGACCACGACCGGGAACUUCUUCGGGACGAAGCCUCCUCCGCCGCUGCUCGACAGCCCGGAGCUCAACAACUUCUUGGACGAUGGGAACGAGUUCGUCCUGUCGGUCUGCAGACGCGACGGCGAGCUCCACCUGUCGAACAAGAUUGAAGCCUCGGGGGACGAGAAGCUGCUGGUGUUCUUCAAGCUGCGCCCCACGGUGAUCACCGAGGACAACCUCCACCAGAGCCUGCUGGUGUCCUCCAUGCUGGAGUCGCCCAUCAACAGCCUCUACCAGGUCCUGAGCCAGGUCUUUGCCCCCGUGCUGCUGCAGGUGAGCCGGGCGCUGGCCGUUGAAGAGUCCCACGACGAGCGCUGGUGCUCGGCGUUCGACCCGAAGCUGGCCGGCCUGCUGAGAGAGCUGCAGCUCGGCCUCGGCUCCGUGGUCCUCCAGGGGGGCGGAGCUCGGCCCGAAGGGGGCGGAGCUCGGCCUGAAGGUAGCCGCGCGGAGGACGAUGUUCUGGGCAUCCUGACUCCCAGUGAUGAGUUCCAGUACUGGGAUGAUCUCUCGGGGUCAGCGGAGAGGAGCAGCUCGAGGGAGAGAGCUUCUCAUUUCACCGAGCAGUUUAAAUUCAUACAAAAGGAGCUGGCGGGGCUGGACGGCUCCUCACUGCUGGACGCGGUGGAGCUGGUGGAGCAGAGCAGAGACGCUCUGGACGACGUGUGGAGGCAGACGGAGGUGGAGCCCUACCCAGAGGCACGCAUGGGCCGGCUCAUGGACGUGAUCGGUGGAGCCCUGGGGAGAUUUGUGCAGAGGAAGCUCAGCGGUCUUAAAAUCUUCGAGGUGCCGUUCGUCUCCGUGAGGGAGAACCUGAGGAUGGGCGUGUCCGUGUGUGAGCAGUGGGUCGCCGCCUGUGAGCAUCUCACUGGACAGGUGUGGAAGAGACACGCGCCACACCCCUGGAAGGGAAACAAGCACCGCCCACAAACCCUCCAUUGCCUUGCAAAACGAUUGGAUGAGGUGGUGACUCUCCGGAUCGUCCACGAGAAGCUGCUGCGGCUGCUGCCGGGAGGGAAGCAGCAGGCGGUGACUGCAGAGCGCGUGUUCGAACCCUUCUCUGGACUCAACCCUCUGCAUUACAACCCGUACACCGAGCCCCUCUGGAGAGCCGCGGUGGCUCAGUUCGAGCGCCUCAUGGCUCCGUCGGAGCAGGAGGCGGCCGGCCGGCUGAAGAGCUACAUCGCCGACGUGCAGGACAACCCACAACAGCUGUUGCAGGUGUUUCAAAAGCACAAGGAGCUGAUCAGACGUCCCACCAUCAGCAAAGAGCUGCAGUCGGAGAGAGAGACCCUGCUGGCCCGACUGCUGGACUACAACAAGGGCCUGAAGACGGACUUUGAGAGUCGAUGCCACGGAGGCCCCGGAGACAAGUGUGGCCCCCUGGUGGGCCGCAACCUCCCCGAGGUGGUCAACAACAUCGUCUGGGUCCAGCAGCUCAUACACAAGAUCGAGGACUCUGUCCGCAUAGCCUCCGCUCUGCUUCCCGACCUCUCGGGCUUCCAGGGGUUCCUGCAUGUCUGUGAGGAGCUGCUGGAGGUCCUGAGGGCCUACGAGCAGGAGCAGUUUGAGGACUGGUCCAGAGACCUCCUGUCUGGACUGGCUGACCCCAAGUCGGGGAUCAGCCUCCAGGCGAGUAACCGCGUGAUGGACCUGGACCACGCGGACGGCCGGCUGAAGAUCCAGUACUCGGACCGGCUGGUCGUGCUGCUCCGGGAGGUCCGGCAGCUCUCCGCUCUGGGCUUUUCCAUCCCGGCCAAGAUCCAGCAGGCUUCUAACACGGCCGACAAGUUCUACAGACAAGCCAUCGUCCUGAAGCAGGUGGCCCACUUCUACAACACCAUUGACCAGCAGAUGAUUCCCUCUCAGAGACCCAUGAUGCUCAGUCUCGCCCUGGCCUUCGAACAGGUCAUCAAGAACCCUCGGUCCCAGUCCCAGGAAACUGGCGGGAAGAUGCAGAUCACCUGGGACAACCCUCGGGAGCUGGAGGUCUACAUCUCCAAGCUGCAGUCGGCCGCCGAGAAGCUCUCCACCGAGAACAGGAAGUUACGCAAGUGGCACACCGACUUCAUCGCCAAGGUGGUGACGCUGAUGAACGUGGACCUUCUGAGGCAUCAGCAGCGGUGGAAGGACGGCCUCCAGGACCUCCGUACGGGCUUCGCCACUCUGGAGGCGCAGGGCUUCCGGUGUGAUGACAUGCGGGCGUGGCGGCAGCACUGGAACCACCAGCUCUACAAGGCUCUGGAGCACCAGUACCAGUCUGGACUCGAGGCUCUGAACAAGAACCUUCCUGAAAUACACGUCGACCUCACCUUCAAGCAAGGCCGCCUGCAGUUCCGUCCUCCCUUCGAGGAAGUGCGAGCGCGCUACUUCCGGGAGAUGAAGCGGUUCAUCUCCAUCCCGAACCAGUUCAAGGGAGUCAGCGCCCAGGGGGAGGAGCUUAUCUUCGGCGUCAUGAUUGACAGGAAUGCGUCCGGGUUCCUCACCAUAUUCAGCAAAGCCGAGGACCUCUUCAGCCGCCUGCAGGCCGUGCAGCGCAAGUUCAAGGAAUGGGUGGUGCUGGGUCAGGUUGAUUUGGAGAAUUUAGUGGAGAAGAAUCUGAACUGUGUGCAAGACUGGGAGAGAAACUUCAAGGCCCUGAAGGCCAGAGGGAAGGAGUCCGAACGUCUACCCAGCCAUGAGAAGGUGGACUGCAUCACGGUCAACUGUGAGCCGGUGAAAGCCGCCAUCGACGACCUCAUCCAGAGGCUGUUUGACAUUCUGCUCUCGUCACUCAGGAAGUCCAUAUAUGGCCACACUCAGGCCAUAGAGGCCUUUGUGUCGGACUCGACGGAGGCCUUGUCCACUCGGCCGGAGAGCAUGGAGGAGAUCGCUGCUGCCGGCGGCAAAUACCGACAAAUAAUAACCCGCAAACCAGAAAUCCUCCCUCAGUUCCAGUGUGCGGAGGAGAAGAACCGCCUGCUGAGGGCCGUGGCUGGAGGAGGUCUGGACUCUCUGUCCUCGCUGAGGGGCAAGUGGGACAAGCUGGAGCUCGUCAUGGAGAGCCACCAGCUGAUGAUCAAAGACCAGGUGGAGGUGAUGCGCGGUAACGCCGCCGGCCGUAUCGACGCCUACAGAGGAGACCUGGAGCGCUUCAAGGCCCGCUGGGACCAGCUGAAGCCCAAAGACCAGGCGCUGGAGGCCGGCGACCCGGCCGCCCUGCUGGCCUGCCUGCAGACCCUCAGGGGCCAGCAGCUGGAGUUCCAGGAGCUGGAGCUGGAGCGCAGGCAGCUGCUGGAGGACUGUACCUACUUCGACCUUGGUUCUCCAGACUUCUCUCUGGCAGAGAAGACCAGAAUUGACAUGGAGGCCUCCAGCCAGAUGUGGGGUCUGUAUGAGGAGUGGCAGCAAGGCUUCACGGAGAAGGCCCAGGAGGACUGGAUCACCUUCAGGAGCAAGACGUAUGCGUUUGAGGAGUUCCUGUUUGCGUGGCAUGACCGCCUGAGGAAGCUGGAGCAGCCGACCGCCAUGUCCGUCAAGCUGCAGGGCGAAGUGGACAAAUACAAGAACAUGGUCCCGGUGCUGAAGUACGUGCGCGGCGAGCACCUGUCCCAGGACCACUGGCUGGACAUGUUCCGGUUGCUCGGCCUUCCAAGAGGGACGACCUUAGAGAGGCUGACCUUCGGUGACCUCCUCGCUGUGGCCAACACCAUCGUGGAAAAGGCCUUGGAGCUCAAGGACCUGAACAGUCGAGCUCAGGCGGAGGUGACGAUCAGAGAAGCUCUGAGGGAGCUGGACCUGUGGGGCGCUGCAGCGACCUUCAACCUCACGGAGUACACGGACAGCAGCCGGCGCAGCUUGACCCUCGUCAAGGACUGGAAGGACAUCGUCAACCAGGUGGGAGAUCACCGCUGCCUGCUGCAGUCCCUGAAGGACUCUCCGUACUACCGCAGCUUCCAGGACAAGGUGUCUCUGUGGGAGGUGCGUCUCUCCGACCUGGACGAGUUCCUGUUGAGCCUGAACGCCAUCCAGCGGCGCUGGGUCUACCUGGAGCCCAUCUUCGGCCGCGGGGCGCUGCCCCGAGAGGAGGCCCGCUUCACACGGGUGGACCACGACUUCAGGUCCAUAAUGGCCGACAUCCAGAGGGACAACCGGGUCGUGUCUCUGAGCUCGAGAGCCGGAGUCAGAACCUCUCUGGUCACCAUCCUGGACCAGCUGCAGCGCUGCCAGAAGUCCCUCAACGAGUUCCUGGAGGAGAAGCGUUCUGUGUUCCCGCGGUUCUACUUCAUCGGAGACGACGAUCUGUUGGAGAUCCUCGGUCAGGCAACCAACCCGACGGUCAUCCAAUCACAUCUCAGGAAGCUGUUCGCCGGCGUCCACAGCGUGGUGUUUGACGAGCGGAGCCAGAACAUCGUCUCCAUGUGUUCCCUGGAGGGAGAAACGGUGACGCUCAGAAACAGAGUCCACGUCUCCAGCCUCGUGGAGGUGUGGCUCAGUGAGCUGUCUGUGGAGAUGAAGGAGACUCUGAGGCACCUGCUGUAUGAAUGUCUGUCUGCAGGCCAGAAAGGGGAGGUGGACCCCUCCUGCUACCCAUCACAGAUCCUGUGUCUGGCGGAGCAGAUCCAGUUCACUGAGGAUGUGGAGCGAGCGCUCCAGGAGCAGCAGCUGCCUCAGCUGCAGCUGGAGCUCAGCGCCAAGCUGGAGCACUACACCACGGUGGAGACCGGCGCCGACCACCACGCCACCGCAGAGUCCAGUGUGCUGCAGCUGAAGCUGAAGGCCUUGAUCCUGGACAUCAUUCACUCCAUCAGUGUGGUGAAGCAGCUCAGCCGGGCCGGCGUCACCAGCCCCGACGCCUGGGCCUGGAAGAGGCAGCUCCGCUUCUACAUGGGCCCGGACAAGCGCUGCCUGGUCCACAUGGUGGACGCUCAGUUCAGCUACACAUACGAGUACCAGGGCAAUGCGUCUAAGCUGGUGCACACUCCACUGACCGAUAAGUGCUACCUGACUCUGACCCAGGCCAUGAAGAUGGGCCUUGGGGGGAACCCGUACGGGCCGGCCGGCACCGGCAAGACCGAGUCGGUGAAGGCCCUGGGGGGUCUGUUCGGACGCCAGGUGCUCGUCUUCAACUGCGACGAGGGCAUCGAUGUGAAGUCGAUGGGCCGGAUCUUCGUGGGCCUGGUGAAGUGCGGCGCGUGGGGCUGCUUCGACGAGUUCAACCGGCUGGAGGAGGCGGUGCUGUCGGCCGUCUCCAUGCAGGUCCAAUCCAUCCAGGACGCCCUGAAACACGGCAGGGCCUCAUGUGAGCUGCUGGGCAAGGAGGUGUCUCUGGACCCUGACUCGGGCGUGUUCAUCACCCUGAACCCGGCGGGUAAAGGUUACGGGGGUCGCCAGAAGCUGCCCGACAACCUGCAGCAGCUGUUCCGCCCGGUGGCCAUGAGCCGGCCGGACAACGAGCUCAUCGCCGAGGUCAUCCUGUCCUCGGAGGGCUUCGGGGGAGGGGCGGCGCUGGGCAAGAAGCUGGUGGCCAUCUUCAACCUGGCCAGGGAGCUGCUGACCCCCCAGCAGCACUACGACUGGGGUCUGCGUGCCCUGAAGACGGUCUUGAAGGCUUGUGGCAGCCUGCUGCAGCAACAGAGGAGGAGCCUCGACAGCAAGGACACGAUCCAGGAGAGCCGCCUGGUGGUGCAGGCGCUGAGGCUCAACACCAUGUCCAAGCUCACGUUCAGCGACGUCGCUCGCUUCGACGCCCUGGUGAGAGACGUGUUCCCCGGGGUGGUGUUCACCGACGUGGAGGACCCCACCUUGAUGCAGGCGCUGGAGCAGGUGUACAAGGAGGCCCGGCUGGAGCUCAUACCCAGCCAGCUGAAGAAGGCUCUGGAGCUCAACGAGCAGCUGAGGCAGCGGAUGGGCGUCGUCAUCGUCGGGCCGAGUGGAGCCGGGAAGUCGACCCUCUGGAGGAUGCUGAGGGCGGCGCUCGGCAAGACGGGCAGAGUGGUGAAGCAGUACACCAUGAACCCCAAGGCCAUGCCCCGCCAGCAGCUGCUGGGCCACAUGGACCCGGACACCCGGGAGUGGGCCGACGGCGUCCUCACGCACAGCGCCAGGACCGUGGUCCGGGAGCCGCAGGGCGUGAGCUCGUGGAUCGUGUGUGACGGCGACAUCGACCCCGAGUGGAUCGAGAGCCUGAACUCGGUGCUGGACGACAACCGCCUGCUGACGCUGCCGAGCGGCGAGCGCCUCCAGUUCGGCCCCGACGUCCACUUCCUGUUCGAGACGCACGAGCUGCGCUGCGCCUCGCCGGCCACCGUGUCGCGCAUGGGGAUGAUCUUCCUGAGCGAUGAGGACAUCGACGUGGCCGCCCUGCUGAAGUCGUGGUUGAGGACCCAGCCGGAGGAGGGCCGCUCCCAGCUGGAGGGAUGGCUGGGGGACUUCUUCCACCAGGCCCUGGACUGGGUCGUCAAGCAGAAUGACUUUGUGGUGGAGACCAGUCUGGUGGGUACGGUGAUGAACGGCCUGUCCCACCUGAGCGGCGUGGGGGAGCGCGCUCCGUUCCUCGUGGCUCUGCUCCGAGGUCUGGGAGGAAACCUGAACCUCAAGACCCGGCACCUUUUCUCCAAGGAGCUGCUGAGCUGGGCCAGGGAGAGUCCUCCAGACCCCCAGAGGCCUCUGGACACGUACUACGACCCGGCCAGCGGCCUCCUGGCGGCCUACGCGCUCCGCCGGCCCGAGGGCCUCUCCGUGGAGCAGCUGGCCCACGCGCUGCCCGCCGUGCAGACCGCCGCCAUGCAGAGGGGUCUGCACUGCUUCUCCCCGUGGCUCACGGCGCCGCACCGGCAGCCCUUCAUGCUGGUCGGGCCCGAGGGCUGCGGAAAGGGGAUGCUCCUGCGCCACGCCUUCUCGCGGCUGCGCUCCACCCAGGUGGCCGUGGUGCACUGCAGCGCCCGGACCUCGGCCCGCCACGUGCUGCAGAAGCUGGCCCAGACCUGCCAGCUGCUGGGCGCCGGCGCCGGCCGCGCCCUCCGGCCCCGCGCCGCCGAGCAGCUGGUCCUCUACCUGAAGGACGUCAACCUGCCGCGGCCCGACAGGUGGGGCACCAGCAACCUCACGGCCUUCCUGCAGCAGCCCAGGCAGACCAGCACAGCGCCGGCCUGCCCGGCGCUCUCCUGCGGAGAAGCUGGGCAGCCGGGCGUCCUGGGCAGCUGGCACGCACUGGCUGGCUGCUCUAUGGUGCAGCUCUAUGAACAGGUGAAGGCCAAGUUUACAGUGGACGACCACAGCCACUACCUCUUCACGCCGUGUGUCCUCACCGAGUGGGUCCUCAGCCUGCUGCGCUACGACCUCACCGCAGCUCAACCCAACGUGACAGACAGCGUGUUGGAGGUGGUGUCCUACGAGGCCAGGCGGCUGUUCAGGGACCGGCUGGUGUCCUCCAGAGACGUCCAAAGCUUCGACAACAUCCUGACCGCCAUCGUCCGGGGAGACUGGAGCUCCGACGCCCUGGACCACGUCACGGAUGGCUUCUACGUGACGUGGGGCGCCUCUGAAGCGGCCUCCGUGGCGCCGGGCCAAUCGCUGCCUCCUCACGGCAAACAGCUGGGGCGCCUCGGGGCGGCGGACCUGGAGCACGUCAUACAGAAGGGAGUGGUGCUGUUCAGCCGUGAUAACAGGGAGCUGGACCUGCUCCUGUUCUGGGAGGUGUGUGACUUCGUGUCGCGGGUCGACCGGGUCCUCAGCCGACCCGGCGGCUCGUUGCUGCUGGCGGGCCGCAGCGGCGUGGGCCGGCACACGGCGGCGUGCCUGGUGUCACACAUGCACGGCUACACCGUGUUCACGCCCAAGAUCUCCCGUGGUUACGGUCUCAAGCAUUUCAGCAACGACCUCAAGACGGUGAUGCAGCUGGCAGGCCUGGAGGGCCAGCAGGUGGUUCUGCUGUUGGAAGACUAUCAGUUUGUCCACCCGUCUUUCUUAGAGAUGAUCAACAGCCUGCUGUCAUCAGGUGAAGUUCCAGGUGUGUACUCCCCAGAGGAGCUGGAGCCGCUGCUCUCCUCCCUCAAAGACGCUGCCUCUCAGGACGGCUUCACCGGACCGCUCUACAACUACUUCUCUCACAGGAUCCAGCAGAACCUGCACGUGGUUCUGAUCAUGGACUGCUCCAACCCCGACUUCACCAUCAACUGUGAGAGCAACCCGGCCUUCUACCGCAAGUGCUCCGUCCAGUGGAUGGAGGGAUGGUCGGAGAGCAGCAUGAGGAAGAUUCCUGAGCUGCUGCUGGAGAAGACUGAAGGAGGGCGAGAGGAGAGAGAGAGGGACCAGGGGGGUAAAGCAGGGGGCCGGGCCGAGCUGUGCCGGCUGUUCCUCGCGGUGCACGAGUCGUGCCGGGAGCACGGCGCCACGCCCAGCCACUACAUGGCCUUCCUGCACGUGUACACGGCCAUCAGCAGCCGCAAGCAGAGCCAGCUCGCCACGCGGCAGCAGCACCUGCAGGCCGGCGUGUCCAAGCUGAACGAAGCCAAAGCCUUAGUGGACGAGCUGCAGGACAGAGCGGCCGCGCAGAGCCAGCUGCUGAGGACCAAGCAGCAGGAGGCCGACUCCGCCCUGCAGGAGAUCACCACCUCCAUGCAGAAUGCCAGUGACCAGAAGACGGAAAUGGAGAAGAUCAAAGGGAAGAUGGCUCAAGAAGUUUCCAAGAUUGAAGAGCGAAAAGCCAACAUCGACCACGAGAUGAAGGAAGUGCAGCCUCUGGUCGAUGAAGCGAAGCGCGCCGUCGGAAACAUCCGGCCCGAAGCUCUGUCGGAGAUCCGCUCGCUCCGCAUGCCGCCCGAUGUCAUCAGAGACAUCCUGGAGGGGGUGCUGAGGCUGAUGGGCAUCUUCGACACCUCCUGGGUCAGCAUGAAGAGCUUCCUGGCGAAGCGCGGCGUGAGGGAGGACAUCUCCACGUUCGAGGCGAGGAACAUCUCCGCUGACAUCCGGCAGAGCGUUGAGGAGCUGCUCUCCAGGAACAAGGCCUCCUUCGACCCCAAGAAUGCAAAGCGGGCCAGUGCCGCCGCCGCCCCGCUGGCUGCGUGGGUCAAAGCCAACGUCCAGUACUCCCACGUCCUGGAGAGGAUCGGCCCGCUGGAGAGAGAGCAGGCCGGACUGCUGGAGAACCUCAGGAAGACGGAGAGCAGGAAGAACAAACUGGAGCAGCAGCUCAACUCUGUAGGAGCCAAAGUCAACGAGCUGAAGGAGAAGUUUCAGUGUCACACCACUGAAGCGGCCCGGUUGGAGUCUGAUGUUUCUAAAGCUCAGGACACGAUCACGGCCGCCCAGCAGCUCCUCUCCCAGCUGGACGGGGAGCACACGCGCUGGAACACACAGAUGUCUGAGAUUAAGGGCGAGUUGGAGACGCUCCCCAUGAGGGCGUUGCUCGCCGCGGCCUUCAUCACGUACCUGUCCUCCGCCUCAGAGGACCGCCGGCGCCGCUGCCAGGAGACGUGGCUGGCUGAGUCUGGACUGCAGAAGUUUGACUUGCGGUCGUUCUUGUGCUCGGAGAGCGAGCAGCUGACCUGGAAGAGUCAAGGUCUCCCCUCCGAUGAUCUCUCCAUGGAGAACGCUCUGGUCAUCCUGCAGAUCAAUGAGCUCCAGCUGCAGAGUGUUGCGUGUCCGUUCCUCAUCGACCCGUCAUCUCGAGCUACAGAAUGGCUCCGCACACACCUCCAGCAGCACAGACUGGAGGUCAUCAACCAACAGGAUAGUAACUUCAUGACGUCCCUUGAACUGGCCGUUAGAUUUGGAAAAACACUGAUCAUCCAGGAGAUGGACGGAGUGGAACCUGUUCUCUACCCCCUGCUGAGGAGGGAGCUCAUAGCACAAGGGCCCAGGUACGUGGUCCAGAUUGGAGACAAGGUCAUCGACUACAACGAGGACUUCCGGCUCUUCCUGGCGACGCGUAACCCCGCCCCCUUCAUCCCCCCCGACGCCGUGUCCGUGGUUACGGAGGUCAACUUCACGACCACCGGGGCCGGCUUACGAGGACAGCUGCUGGCUCUGACCAUCCAGCAGGAGAAACCAGAGUUGGAGACUGAAAAAACUCGACUGCUGCAACAAGAAGAAGAAAAGAAGAUCCAGCUGGCUCAGCUGGAGGAGUCUCUGUUGGAGACCCUGGCUACCUCUCAGGGUAACAUCCUGGAGAACAGGGGUCUGAUCGACAGUCUGAACCGGACGAAGAGCAGCAGCGCCGUGAUCCAGGCGUCUCUGCUGGACUCCCACCAGCUGCAGGCGGCCCUGGACCAGGAGCGCGAUGCCUUCCUGCCUCUCGCCGAGAGCGCCAGCAAGAUGUACUUCGUCAUCACGGACCUGUCGAAGAUCAACAACAUGUACCGCUUCAGCCUCGCCUCGUUCCUCCGCCUCUUCCAGAGGGCGCUGCAGGCCAAGAAGGAAGCAGAGUAUACUGAAGCCAGGAUUGGUGCUCUGGAGGCCAGCUUGAAGAACAUGGUGUACGAGUACGUCUGCCGGUCGCUUUUCAAGGCGGACCAGCUGAUGUUUGCGAUGCACUUCGUGAGAGGCCUGUACCCCGCCCUCUUCCAGGAGAACGAGUGGGAAGUGUUCACGGGAUCCAUCGUGGGAGAGAUGUUUAAGAAAGAGGAGUUUCCUUCUUGGAUCGACCAGGAGAGGCACGGGGCGGCGGCCAUUUUGAAAGCCACGUUCCCGGCCCUGUUCCAGUCCCUGUGUCUGGGGGACUCAGACCUGUGGCUCUCCUUCUCUCGGAGCUCUCGGUGUGAACAGGAAGUCCCGCCGGCCGUCAGCAGGAAGCUGUCUCCCUUCCAGCAGCUGCUAUUGGUCCAGGCGAUCAGGCCGGACCGGCUCCAGAGCGCCAUGGCGGCGUUCGCCAGCCAGGCCCUGGGUAUGAAGGAGCUCUCUCCUCCUCCUCUCAACCUGAGGCGUCUCUACUCUGAGACGGUGGAAUGGGAGCCGGUGCUGAUCAUCACGUCUCCGGGAGCCGACCCGUCUCAGGAGCUCUGUGAGCUGGCUGAGGAGAACCCGGGCCGGGGCCACUACCACGAGAUCUCUCUGGGUCAGGGUCAGGCUGACGUGGCCUCUGCUGCCCUCAGGCAGUGCUCCCUCAGCGGAGACUGGCUCUGCCUGAAGAACCUCCACCUGGUCACCGCCUGGCUGCCACUGCUGGAGCAGGAGUUGAAUGUCCUCCGUCCUAAAGCCGGUUUCCGUCUCUGGCUCACAGCUGAAGUUCAUCCCCGGUUUCCUCCCAUCCUGCUGCAGUCCAGCCUGAAGAUCACCUACGAGGCUCCUCCCGGGUUGAAGAAGAAUCUCCUGAGAACAUACGAGUCGUGGAGCCCGGAGCAGAUCAGUAAAGGAGGCGUCGUGUCCCGGGCCCAGGCCCUGUUCUGUCUGGCCUGGUUCCAUGCAGUGUGCCAAGAGAGGCGCAACUACAUACCACAGGGCUGGACUAAGUUCUAUGAGUUCUCCAUGUCGGACCUCCGCGCUGGCUUUGAGAUCAUCGACAGGCUCUAUGAAGGAGGUGAAUCCUUGGAGUGGGAGUUUGUCCGCGGCCUGCUGGAGAACGCCAUCUACGGCGGGCGGGUGGACAACCCGUCUGACCUCCGCAUCCUGCGCUCCUACCUGGAGCAGUUCUUCUCCGCUCGCCUCCUCUCGGCCGGCCAGAGGAAGGGAGGAGGAGGAGGAGGAGGAGGAGGAGGAGGAGGAGGAACGCGCUUCUUCCCGCUGCAGAUCAACCUCCCAAACUCCUGCUCGGUGUUGGACUACCGCAGUGUGAUAGAGAACCUGCCAGAGGACGACCGACCUGCAUUCUUCGGUCUGCCUGCCAACAUCGAGAGAUCCUCCCAGAGAAUCAUCAGCUCCCAGGUCAUCUCCCAGCUGCGCGUCCUGAGCCGCUCGGUGGCCACGGGGUCAAAGUUCGACCGGGAGCUGUGGUCCAACGGGCUCUCGCCGGUUCUGCUCCUGUGGAAGAAACUCAACCAGGGUUCCACUCUGAUCCACCAGAAGGUGGCGGCGCCGACCGAAGGGGAGGAGUCACCGGUCCUGUCCUUCAUCGCCCUGGAGCAGUUCAACGCCAUCUGCUUGGUGCAGAGUAUUCACCAUUCCCUGGCGGCGCUGAGCAAAGUCAUCAGAGGGACCCAACUGCUCACUCCAGAGGUCCAGAGACUGGCCGCCGCCCUCCUCAAUCAAGAGUGUCCUUCAACGUGGCAGAAUAAGUGGGAGGGGCCUGAAGAGCCGAUGCUGUACCUCAGAGCCGUGGUGACGCGGGCGCUCGCCAUUCAGGGCUGGGUGCAGCGGGCCUCCUCUUCCUCUCUCCUCUCUGAUCUCUUGGAUCUGUCGGAGCUCUUCCACCCGGACACCUUCCUCAACGCCCUGAGGCAGGAAACGGCCCGGUCUAUGGGUUGUUCCAUGGAUAGUUUGGUGUUUGCCUCAUCGUGGAGGAAUCCUAUUGGACAAGCCAAGCUCCAAGUCCAGGUGGGCGGUCUCCAGCUGGAGGGCUGUAGUUUUGAUGGCGUUCGUCUCAGUGAGAACCGCCACGACUCCCCCAGCCUGUCGGCCGUGCCGCCGUGCUUCAUGGCGUGGGUUCCUCAGGGCUCCCCCUCUGGCCCCGCCCCCCUCUGGCUGCCCCUCUAUGUGACCUCUCAGCGGUUGUCCCUCGUGACGCUCGUCUCUCUUCCCGGAGGAGAGAACCCCGACCGCUGGAUCCAGAGCGGAGCGGCGCUCUUCCUCAAGCAGCAGUGAGAGGAAGAGGAGGCUGACGGGAGACUCGGGAACAAAGGAACCAGAACAAUGGACCGACGACACGGAGCCGUUAGUCAACAACAACCUGUAAACAACGUGUUGAUCAGUUGUUGUUGUCUUAUUUAUUAAAAUAAAGAUGAAGUAAACAAUA